AUGACGUUUUCUUCCCCGAUAAUGAGCCACGUGAUGACUGCCAUGCCGGGCUACCUUCUCAACGGACAGUCUUUAAACUCCUGUGAAUCCACAGACUCCUCCAAAGCCCCCAUUGGCCACUCCUCCCAUACCUCAUCCUCCACCUGUUGUUCUUCACAAACCUCCCUUAAUUCCACCUCCCAAUUCACCUCAUCCUCCACUGCCUUCUUAGCAAAGCCACUUCCCUCUGCUCUUAGCUCCGCCUUCCGCCAUAGCCUCAGCUAUGAUGUGUGCAUUUGUCACAACAGUGAGGACUACAAAGUAGCAGAAAGUUUGGCGUUUUACUUAGAGGCUCCCAACCAAGGUCUCCGUUGUUACCUCCCAGCAAGGGACUGUCCUGUGGGAGGAGCCAGGUGCACUGAACUCUGCAAUGCUGUGCGCAACAGCCACUGUUGGGUUCUGCUGGUGUCAUCACACUUCCUGCAGGACGACUGGUGCCUCUAUCAGAUGCAGCAGGCCCUGUCUCAAGGCCCCAUGUCCCAGAGAAUCAUUCCCACCACCCUCAAGGUGUCCUAUCGGGACCUGCCUUAUGAAUUGCGCUUUCUCUAUGCCAUUGACCUGAGCAGGAACCCAGAUGGCGGCUACUCCAAAGUUUACACCACGGUCCUCACAUGUGAGUAG